CUCCUUGUGCAUCUAAAUGGGCUGUUGUGGGUUUGACCAGAUCAGUUGCAAAGGAGUUGCCUGACGGGAUGGCAGUUAUUGCACUUAAUCCGGCAGUGAUACACACUGAAAUGCUCCAGUCAUGCUUUGGCACUUCAACUUCAAUUUGCCAGGCACCUGAUGCAUGCGGAUGGCAGAAGCUGAUUCCAAUUCCAUCCAAUUCUUCGUCGAAAAGAAGAUGGACGGUCAUCUAUGCAGAUGGAUUCUAGCAAAUUCUAAUGAUACCACAAAAUCUGUCCAUUGCCAAAUUCGAGAGGUUUUUGGAAUUCUGCUUACCCUACAGAAACUAUAUUACUUUGGGAAGAGGCUAGAGUGGCACCAGACGCUUAAGGAGUGCUCAAUUAAAAACAAUGGUCAUCUCCAGCUAGUGCUCCGAAAGGAUGGUGUAACUCGCCAGAAUUCUUUUGUGGCUUUAAAUUUGGUUUCACAAAUACAUGCUAUGUGCCAAAGGAAAUCGGUCGCCUUUGAUCAUGGAUGCAUAAGCAACAAAAUAAGAGACCUUUUCUCCAUUUUGAGGCAGCAGACGGUGUUUCUUCUAGAUACUCUUCCUUGGUCUUUUGUUACGCUUUAUAAAAAUAACGAAGAGAUUGGUGAUGCUGUAAUCAGAUUUUUCUUGGAUUCAUUAUUGAAGAUGGUGUUAGCAAAAGGUUGGCUUGAUAAAUGUGCAUCUAUACUUCUACGAUUAUGCGACCAUUUUCGGUGGUAUGAUGAUGAUCUGUUUUUUAAACAUAUAUUUUCUGACUUGCUUUCAAAGAUGGAAGCGUACCUUGCUAAUUUUGAAGAUUUCUUGUAUAUGGAAUCUGUUUAUUGUGGAUAUUCUCAAUAUCUUACCAUUCUGAAGGCAUUACAUGGCAUGUCUAAAUUUCACAAGAGUGCUGAAGAGCGCUUUUUGAAUGUAUUAAGAAACAAAAGGCGUUCACUGGCAAAACUAAUAGCUGAAGGCACUGAUAGAAGCAAUGAUCACUUGUGGCUACUCGAGCGCAAGGAUGUGACGGAUGGUAAAUCUAGGAUGCAUUUAGCCAUGAUGAUGAUGACUGAGAUAAGAAUACAUGAUGUGGAGUUACAUGAGAUGCUCGUUUGGUCUGAAAAACUGGACGCUAAUCUUUAUAUGGCAUUCAAAAAUCAGCAAAUUACAAAUCGUGGAGUACAACAGUCUUGGUUACGCCAGUUAUGUGGAGCUAUAUUCAAUCCUCAAAAGUCCCAUUUUCUGGUGUGCCCAAAUGAUCCUAAGAGGUUCUAUCCUAAUCCUGCAAUUGAGCCCAAAACCUUAGACCUCGAGUGCUUUAAAUUCGUUGGGAAGUUGGUUGCGAUAGCUUUAAUGUCUGAAAUACAAAUUGGUGUUGCCUUUGCCCAUGUGUUUCUUAUGCAACUGGCCGGAAGGAGGAAAAUUUCACUAGAAGAUGUAAGGGAUCUAGAUCCCUCCUUGCAUAGUUGGUGCAAGGAGAUCAUAGAUGGUGAGGUCAUUGACUCUGAAGUUCUAGAAUUCCCUGAAGCUUUGUUGGGGUGCCAAUGGAGCACAGAACUGAGCUAUGUGAAUAGCAAAAGUAGCAGGGAGGCUUAUGUUGAUCGUCUAAUUCAACACCGUUUUUUCGCAUCUAUCUCUGAGCAAGUAUCAUUUUUAAUACAAGGAUUUGAUAGUGUUUUUGGUACAUCAAUCGGCAAGUUGUUGUCUGUUAAAGGACUGGAGCUUGAAGACCUUAAUGAGUCGCUGUGCGGAUACGUAAUUACUACAACUUUACAGCUCGACAAUAAAAGUAAUCCCCUGAUGUCUCGGUUCCCAAAGGCAUGGCAAUUUCCUAAAAUACAUGAUGCAAAAUUAUAUGAGAUGCUCAUUGUUUGGUCUAAAAAUCUGAGCAAGAAUCUGUAUAUGCAAUUCAAAAAUCAGCAAGUUACAGAUCCCGGAGUACUGCAGCAUUGGUUAUGCAAGUUAUGUGGAGCUAUAUUCAAUCCACAAAAAAACCCCCUUUUCCUAGCGUGCCCAAAUGAUCCUAAUAGGUUUUAUCCUAAUCAUGCAAUUGAGCUCGAACCCUUCCACUUCGAUUGCUUGGAAUUUGUUGGGAAGUUGGUUGCAUUAGCUUUGAUGUACGAAAUACAAGUGGGUGUUACCUUUGCCCAUUUGUUUCUUUUGCAACUGGCUGGAAAAGAGGAAAUUUCACUGGAAGAUGUAAUAGAGGUAGAUCCUUACUUAUAUCGUUGGUGCAAGAAGGUCAUAGAUGCUGAGCUCAUUGACUCUGAAGUUCUAGAAUUCGCUGAAGCUGAAUUGGGGCGCCAAUGGAGCACAGAACUAAGCCACGUGAAUAGCAAAAGUAGCAGGGAGUCUUAUGUUGAUCGUCUAAUUCAACAUCGCUUUGUCAAAUCUAUUUCUAAUCAGCUAUUAUUUUUCAGAAAAGGAUUUGAUAAUGUUUUUGGUACAUCAAUCGACCAGUUGUUCUCUUUUAACGGACGGGGUCUUAAAGACUUUAAUGAGUCACUAUGCGGAUGCAAAAUUAGUGGAACUUCACAACUCAACAAGAGAAAAUUUUUGAACAAUGACUGCAAUAAAAGUGAUACCCUGAUGCAUCGGUUCCAAAAGGUAAGAAGAAAGGGUCGCAAUAUUACAAAUUGGCGGAGGGGUGUGCGACUGGGGAGCGGGUCAUUUGGAUCAGUCUAUGAAGGAUUUGCGGUUGAUGGAUUCUUCUUUGCUGUGAAGGAACUUCUAUUGCCAGAUGGAGGGAUUAUUGACCAACUUGAGAAAGAGGUUGAUUUAUUAUGUCAGCUCACCCAUCCAAAUGUAGUUAAAUACUUUGGCACAAGUAAGGAUGAAUCGAAGCUCUAUGUUUUCCUCGAGCUUGUAAGUAAGGGCUCCCUUGAAAAGGUUUAUAAAGAAUUUCCGCUGCAGGAUUCCCAUGUGUCUGUGUACACGAAACAGAUAUUGAAAGGCUUGAAUUAUCUCCAUGAGCGAAAUGUUGUUCACAGGGACAUCAAAUGUGCCAAUGUAUUGGUGGAUGAAAAUGGAUGUGUGAAAAUCGCAGAUUUUGGAUUAGCAAAAGUAACCAACUCAAAUGCAAUCAUUAAGUCCUGUAAAGGGACUGUAUACUGGAUGGCUCCUGAGGUUUUUAAUAACAAGAAAGCAGGAGGGUAUGGGUUUCAAGCUGAUAUAUGGAGCGUUGGGUGCACUGUAUUGGAGAUGUUAACCGGAAAACCUCCAUACUCUGAUUUGGGUUUGGAAAAAGGUCAAUUAAUUUAUCGGAUUGGAAAAGGCCACCUACCUUCUCUUCCUGAUUCUCUGUCAGAUGAUUCGCGAGACUUUAUCCAGCGAUGCCUAAAAGUUAAUCCAAAGGAUCGUCCCACUACUGCUGAGCUUUUAGAACAUCCAUUUGUAAAUAAAUAGGUGAAUGCUUGCAAGCUGCAGCAACUCUCGUUCUUGACAAAUUUGUAUUAAUUUCAGCUUAAAUUGUGGCAGCUGAAACGUGAUCAGCUGCGAGGGAUUUUUGUUUUUUCCAAGUUCUUUUAUUAAUAUAGAAAUCCUGGAUUUCUAGGUCA